AAGCCCAUCAGCUCCUAACUUGGCAACGCUGUUGACUUGGGGAACACAAGGUGAGACUUCCCCUUGGAGAUCUGUCCAGGCCUGUUCACGGCACUCCCAAGUGUGUUAUUCCUAACUCAGCCAUCCCCGACUCCUAAAAUCGUGAAAGGAAGGCUUCCUGAACAUGGACGCCGCUGAAGAUAGCCCAACGGAGACGCAGAGCCUGGCCCAAGGCAUUUCAUGUGAGUCUAAUAACAACACUGAUACAGAUCAAGUUCUUACCUCACUAGAGGGCAAGAGGAAGCGGAAAGGAUACUUGCCAACCGAGUCCGUCAAGAUCCUCCGAGACUGGCUUUAUGAGCACCGGUUUAAGGCUUAUCCUUCAGAGGCAGAGAAGCGAAUGCUGUCAGAGCAGACCAAUUUGUCUUUCCUGCAGAUCUCUAAUUGGUUCAUCAAUGCCCGCAGGCGCGUUCUUCCGGAAAUGCUUCAACAGGAUGGAAGUGACCUCAAUCAGAUAGCCCUGUACCACCAAAAAGGCAAGAGUGUCCUUGUGACCCAGCAGCAGAGCACUGAACCAUCUAUGCAGGUCAAAUCAGGGCUCAAAUAUCCAGACAAGAUGCAGUACCAGCCCCUGAGUCCCCUGCCAAUGGGCCUAGAGUCAGGAAAGGAGCUGUUGGAUCCAGAGUUGACCCCAGGCCAUAAGCUGACCCCAAAGGCCCAGCCAAAGAAAAAGGUCAGAUUUUCCACCAGCGAGCCGUUAGCUACAUAUUCUCCCUGUGACAACAUACCUGUGUCGACAGCUGAGUACAAGGAUUUCAGUAGCUUUCAGCUGCUGGUGGAUGCAGCGGUUCAAAAGGCUGCUGAAUUGGAGCUGCAGAAGAAGCAAGAAUCCAAUGCAUGAUUUCUUACGUCCCUUACAGUACCCAAGUAGUCAGUCCCUUGUCUGCUAUGGUGUAUCCAUUUAUGUACCCCAACACACUUUGUAGCUAUACCUUUUAUAGAAACAUCUUUCCUUCUAGAGGUCUUAUGAGAACCAUCACUUGCUAUUGGGACUGAACUCUGCACAGAUAUUUCAGUGUUUCCAGAUGGAAGAUAUUAACUUGUCAACAUGACUAAUACUAUAAGCAAAGAUCUCUUUACUUCUUCUGAGUCUUCCUAGAUUUAAAAGCUUCAGAUAAUCAGAACAAAUCAUCUGGAAUUAAACACAAUGUAGAGACUUCUCCAAAGAUUGACUUUUCUAACUAGAUUUUUUUUUAUUUCAGGACUGCUACAGAUACCAAGCCAUUCCUCUUUCUCUCUCUGUAACUUCUGUUUAUUAACAUGAAUGAUUAAAAAAAAAAAAAGCUCUGUAAAAUACGACUAUAACAGCACUGGGCUUAUUUUUUCUUGGAAUUUUUAUGAAAAAUAAAACUUUUCCUUCGUACAGUGUAUAAAGGAGUUGCUAUUCUCUGCAGGAGAAUGGCAGUCCAAAUGCAUGAAUUGAUGAAUGUUACA